GAAAAAUAAAAAAAAUAAAAAAAGAUGUCAAAAUUAAAACUGGUACCAUGUUUUUCGGUGGUUGCAUCCUCUCUCAGACCAUGCAUCUUCUUGUUUAUUCAUGACCCUUCACAGAGGGAGCAUUUAAAUACUCUCACACACGCUGUUUCACCGCAACAGGAAUUACUGAAAUAAUUAUGUAUGGAAUAAUCCACGAUGGAACACAAGAGUCAUUCUUUUUAACGCGCGUGGUGUUAUACGCAUGCUUCACUCUUCUUACCCUGCGAAGAGCAGAGGGGUCUCAGCUUUUUGAGAGGUUGGGCCUAAAUCCCCGCCGUGGACUGACAGAUCCUACCGCGCUUCACCGCUGGUUGCCGGCCACGAUUUUCACGGGCUCUCCGGCGACAGGAAGAGACAAGAGGAAUAAAAAUAAAAGUGAUGCUAGAAAUUCGUUAGCGUCUCCCAGCGAUAGGAGUUUUACCAGCGGUUCCGUUUAUAGGCGAGACGCGACGUUCAGUGACUCGUUAUUCAGUCCUCGGAACAUCCUCAUGGGCAGUUACCUCGGUAAAGCAGAAAGUUCCCCCAGCACGGGGCAGCCCGCUGGGAGCGCGGGUUCUGGCGUCAACCCCAGAGAACAUCUCCGGGAGAGACUUGUCCGACCUAAUUAUGGAGUCCCCACUCCAAACAGAAGAUUAUCGUUCGGUGACCCUAUAGGUGGUGCAGGGAGGUUCACCAUUACCCCUCAGAGACAUUACCCGCUGCAGCAGUUAGGAACCUCUCCGGUUGGUGUACUUCCCCCAGCUCAGUGGGACGGCUUCCGCAAGAAGAACAUCCUCACGCAGCGCAAUACAUCAGUACACAGUCCUGUGACGGUGAAGAUUGCAAGACCGGACAACACAACACGCACAUCCUUUUUUGAUCAGUUGAAUUCUCCUGGAGCAGUCACAUCCCCAGGGUUUGAAGUUCAAGCUGACCCCUGUUCUAGAGAGACAGUACUGAAUGUGCUCAGAGCGAACCGUAAACGAGAUGUUUGUGAUGAGGAGGAAAGAACCCAUGAAGCUGGACAGAAAAGCAAAAGGAGGCGGAAUGACAGCAGUGAAAGUUCUCAGUCAGUUUUCGAGAAACUGCUAGCUAAUGGUGCUCCAUCCCAGCUUGUACCAAAACCUGGAAGUUUGAAGAGAGGAAUGAACGUCUCUGUGUUGGAGGAGUCUGUGGUUAAGAGAUCUCGGACUUCUUCCCUCAACUCCGUUAGUGGAUGUCCCAUUUCCCAUGGUGUGCCUGGAUCAGCCCGCAACCCUAUUCGUAGCUCUUACAGUUCUUCACAGGGGUACCCUCAGAGGGGAUUAGCAUCUAAUCUAAAUUCAUCACCUAUUGUGAGCCCUGGAUCAUCACAAUCUCAGACUCCUGAGCGGGUAUCCAAAAAGCCCAGGGAAGAUGACUCCUUUUCACCAAAUUCUGAUUCAGCUGUUAACUCUGAUAGGACAUCCACUGAGGCUGCGCCCGGCUCUGGUAAAUGCUCCCCUAGGCCUGAUCCACCUGUUACAUCACAAGCAGCCUCUGGAGGAAGCAUUAGCAAACGUAAACGUAAAAUCCAGCUGGUGUCCACCUACAGAGGCGACCAUAUAUCUUUGCCCCCACCUCCUGAAUUGGGUUACACAAUCACUGUGAAGGACCUGGAUAUGGAGAAAAAAGCUACUCUUACCCAAAUCCAGAAAGUCCUUCAGGAGCCAGAGUCAGAGAAGCCAAGCAGUAUCCCCAUUUCAUCUGCUCCUGCAGCUCCCUCUGUAGGCAUGUUAUCCCAGGUAGUUUCUUUUAGCUCGGCUUCCGCUGCCCCUGUAGGGAGUGCUACUUCACUGGCCUCUCUGUUUACCCCAGCUGCUGGUCUUCCACCUGCUUCGCAUGCAGUUUCUAUCCCAGGUCCGACACCAACUAUUGACCUUACAGUUCCUCCAAUCAGCACAGUCAGUGCUGUACCAAUCCAGGCUGCAGUGUUGCCUAUACCUGCCAUCAGCACCACUUCAGCUACACCAGUGUCUAAUCCACUUUUGGAGUCUCUUAAAAGCAUGAAGAACAACUCUCUUCUAAGUGUUCCUUCUCCUGUAGCUGCUACCUCUGCAGCCCCAGCAACAUCUGUGGCAGCACAGGCUUCCUCCUCCAUUACCUCCACAACUUUAAGCUUUGGGGCUGUAAAAUCUGAGCCGUCUAUUGUCACUCCACAAUCCACAGUGUCAACUGCACCUUCCUCAGUAGCCUCUGCUUUUGCCCAGAUUCUGGCUCAGCCUUUACCAUCCUCAUCUGUCACACUCAACCUUGGAGGAGGCCCCUUUGUAUUCACUUCUUCUGCACCAACAGCCUGUGCAACAAUUGCUCCUACAGUUUCUGUGCCACCUGCUAGCAGUAGAUCGAAUCCAACACCAUCUGAGUUCAAGCCUAUUUUUGGGCCAGCCAUGAUGACACCAGCCUCCACAGCAGCAGACAAACCAUCACAAAACACAUUUAAACCCAUUUUUGGCAGCGCAUUUAAUCAACCGGCUUCUUCGACUGUACCAGCAGCUCAGAUUAACACAUCUUUAUUUGGAGGUGUCACAAGCACUCAACCAGUGUCUUGCUCUGUUCCCUUACCAGUUCCCAAUACACAGAAUUCCAGUCAAUCUCUGUUUGGAAGUCAGAGCAACAGCCAUUCAGUGGCUCUUUCUGUCUCCAUGUCCAGUACCCAGAAUCCUUCUCCAGCACUGUUUGGAGGAUUGACUAACAGCCAAACAAUGGCUGUUUCAGUUUCAUCCUCCUCCAAAAAUACCCAGAAUUCUACUCCAUCUCUGUUUGGUGGACUGCCUAACAGCCAGCCAAUGGCUGCAUCAGUUUUGACAUCUUCCUCCAAUGCCCAGAAUCCUGCUGCUUCCCUCUUUCAAGGUCUUAACAGCAGCAGCAUGACUGCUUCAACCUCCUCUAGUACCCAAAAUUCUUCUACUCCUCUCUUUGCUGGCUGGAAUGCUGCAAAGAGCACCUUUCAGUUUGGAGGGUCAUUGUCUACAGCUGCCUCCUCUGGAAUUAGCACUAGUACCACGACUAACAGCACCAAUACUACUUUACAGUUUGGUGCUUUAAAACCAGCACCAACUGCACCGCAGAACACAUUCACCUUUGGCCAAAGCCCAGCCACCACCUCUUUUACAGGGUUUGGUAUGCCCAACAAUGCUAACCCUAUGACAAACACCCCAUCGACCCAGGCCACGUUUGGUAGCUCAGCAUUCAGCCCCUCCACGUGCUUUGCUAACCCACAAUCUCAAGCUCCUACUCCAGUCAAGCCUUUUACGUUUGGAGCCAGUGCUGGAGGAGGUACUGCAGCCACACCACUUGCAUUCGGCACACCCGCUAGUACAGCUGCACCAACAUUUGGAAAUUCUACACAGUCUGCAUUUGGUGGAACGUCCACAGCCUUUGCCUUUGGGAACACAAGUACUGUACCAGUGAGUGCUGCCUCUAUGCCCGCUCCUGCCUUCAAGUUUGGAGCAGCACAAGCCGCACAGCAGAAUUCAACUGCAACUUCUGGAGGGUUCAAUUUUACCACACCACUUUCCGGAGCACAGUUUGGGACACCUACACAAACAGGGCAAAAUCAAGGGUUCUCAUUUGGAGCAGGCAACACAGAUAAUGAAUCUGCUUUUGGAACUUCCACCUCUGGAUAUGGUGCUGCAAGUGGCCCCAGUCCAUUUGGCAGCCCUGGGACUCCUGUAGGGGGAUUUGGUGCCUCAGCCUUUGGCACUCCUUCAGCCACAUUUUCAAUUGGUGCUUGUUCAAAGCCUAGCGGUUCACGACAAAGGCUUCAGGCUCGCAGACAGCACACAAGGAAGAAGUAAUGCUGACCACAUGGACUUCAUUUGGACAAAUGCAACCCCCUUUUUUAUUGUAACACCUGCUGCUUAUAGGACUUCAUCAGGAUUCCAAUAGGACCUAUAAACAUUUUUUGGGUUGAAGUAUAAAUGGGGUACUUUUUUUUUUUUUUUUUUUUUAUAUAUUAUUUUUUUAAGGUUGAGAUCUUGGCAUACCAACAAUCUUGUGUGGAGUCAGGCUGACAGUAAGUGAUGUAAACAGACAGAACUACUUGUUAGAUAAAAAUGAUGUGUAUUGAAAUCUUGGACACGUGAACUUCAAAUCUAAAAGAACAAUUUCUUUUUUUUUUUUAAGGAUAUUUUGGAUAUUCAAGAUUUUUAAUAGCUGUCUGUGACCUAUUUUAUGUGAACAUUCACAUUACACUUAACCCUAAAUUAAUUGAACAAUGUUUCAGAUGCAUAUUAAUUAUCCUUUUCAUGUUUCUUACAAAGUUUGCUUGAAUCACAAGAUGUUUUAAUUGAAAUAUGUCCCUCAUCCAAAUGCAUUGAGCAGCAAAAUAAAGUUGUUUAGUAUUUUU